CAUUAUCGUAUUUCCCGUAAAUUACAAUUAAAAACCCAAAUCGUGGUCGUUAUUGUCCAGCAAUUAAUUACACGUGUGACGAAACUUUCGUUAAUUGUGUUUAAACGAGUUCUAGGCCCAAAUGUGCUUAUAUUUUAGUAUAAAAACUCGACUUGGCACUGACCAGUGUCAAAUUGUAACGUUUCUUUGUAGUUGACAGCUAGUAUCGUGUGCAGUAGCUAACUUUAAGAAUGAAGUCAUUUGUCGUCAUUUGUUUCCUCGCGGUGGUGGCACUGGCGCUGGCCGGGAAAAGCGGUCAGUACACCGACCGGUACGACAACCUCGACCUCGAUGAGAUCUUGAAUAACCCCCGAAUCCUCAUCGCGUAUGUCAAAUGCGCAUUGGAAACCGGGCAUUGCUCGCCAGAGGGCAAGGAGCUUAAAUUGCACAUCAGAGAAGCCCUGGAAACUCACUGCGCAAAGUGCACAGAAACUCAGCGACGGGGCUCAAAACGAGUAAUCAGUCACCUUAUCAACAACGAACCACAAUAUUGGAAGCAGCUUACAAACAAAUAUGACCCGCAGGGCAAAUUCACCAAACAGUACGAACAGGAACUACGCGCUGCUCGUCAUUAAACAAUUUAAUAGCCAUUGAAUCAUAAUUAUUUUAAACUUUUACAAAAAUUGUAUGCAGGCAAUCGAAAAUUCAGUUACCGUAAAUGUUAUAUUACUUUACAUACUACAACUAAUCUAUGUUUUUAAAUUUUUUUCUCUAAUAGCGAAUGAAAAUCUAGCAUUUAUAUGAAGUGGUUUGCAAGUGAAAACACCGACACGUUGGUAAAAAGUAAUUUUGGUUUUAAUUUUGAAUGUUUCUCUAUCAUCCAUUUCUCCUGGUGCAAAUAACGGUAGAAAUGAAGAGUAUAUUUUUCUCCUUCGAUUACAAAUAGGAAAUAAAUUCUAAAAGCUGAAUGAGGUGCAAAAGCCAAAUAUUAUUAUAGUUAAUAACCUU